UAGAGUGAAACCGUGAUAAUUACUGCUUAUAGUGAUUGCGAUAAAAUUUUUUUAGCAAAAAAAUAACGAAAUAAAAAUAAUAAAGAAGAAAUAAUUGACUGUUUAUAAUUAUUUGACUUUGGUAUGGACAAUUAGUGUCACAUGUAAUUAAUUAAAUAAAUGACACGGUGUAAAAAUAGUAAAUUUAAUUAUUCAAGAUGUACAGCAGAGUUUUGCGUAAUUUAUUGACUGUCAGUCGGAAAUAUUCUGGCACGAAAAUAAAUAAUCAAUUUAAAACAAAAUUUUAUUCUCGAGGAAAAAAUAAUUUCAUUCGUUCAUGCUACUCAUCAGCGGCUGCGGCAAACAGUCAGAAUGUUGAUACUCCAACCAAGCCAAAGCAACCGGAUAGAACUUGUAUAGACGAAGAGUUGCUGGAGGAAGAAGGAGAUUCAUGGAGUUUGAAGAACAAGCAUGAAAAAGCUAAAGAUCGGCUGGAGAAAAUGUUACAGGAGCCUGAGAUGCUGCGACUGUAUAAAGUACUUCAGAUAGAGGUUGAAGUAAUGAGACAGAGUGGUGAUGAUGUUCCCGAGAAUCUGAAGGACCGUGAUUGGGUCGAACUUUUGUUAAUGAAUUCUCAGGCCAAAAGAAAACGUUAUUUGAAUUUUUUAUUCUGCAUCGAGAAAAAAGAAGAGAACAAAAGAAAUAAGCGCUUAGCAAAGAGCAAGGAAGUCGAAGAAUUAAGGCAAGCAGGACUUUUGAGACCCAACGAUAUUCCUCUCUGGAUGCAAUACACAUUGGGAGGCAAUUCAUUAUUUAUGAGGAUUCGCGACAGCUCAAUGAACACUACAAGCAACUGGUGGUUGCAUCGAGCCUCGAUGUUUGGUCCCAAGGUGGUUCUCGAUUGCGGGUUCGAAGACAAAAUGACGCGGCAAGAGAUCAGGAAUUGUGCCAAGCAGCUGAUGUUCGCGUUCGCAGCAAACCGCGAAUACACAGAACCUUUUGACUUGCACUUCUGCAACUUGAACAGGUCGAGCUAUCUGUUCGAGGAGCUUUACAGCUUUAUUCCCACGAUGCUCGAACCAGAGUUCCCGAUCAACCUUCAUGAAAAUUCCUACUUGGAUUUGUAUCCAAGAGAUAAGUUGGUUUAUUUAACGCCAGACUGCAAGCAGAUGAUGAGUGACUAUGAUACUGACGCUGUUUAUAUUGUUGGAGCUAUUGUUGACAAGGUUUCAGGGAAUCCUGUAACUCUUGCGAAAGCGAAAAAAGAAGGCAUACGAAUGGCUAAAUUGCCAAUAGACAAAUAUCUAAACUUCGGCGGUGGAUCUAAUAAAUCUUUGACUAUUAACCAAGUGAUUGGAAUUCUCUGUGACUAUUACAACACAGGUGACUGGUAUCAUGCGUUUCGUUUCGUACCCAGACGUAAAUUAACGGAAAGCCGUGAAGUGCAAUUGAAAAAGAAACUGAGCUAUUACCUAGAAAAUAACAAAGAUUUUAAAAGUGGAAAAGAUUUUGCUAUAGAAUCUAGAAAUAAAUUCCGCCGUUAAUAAUUGUUAUAUAUUAGAUAAG